AUGUCUAAUCGAGGCUUUGGCCAUGGAUCUACUCCGAAGGAUAGAGAUUUGUUGCCCUUGGUGAAAUCCGUUGUUGAUGCUUGUAUCUCCAGAAGCACUGAAGAUCAGAGAAAGCUAGCUGAAUGUCUCAAUCGAGUAUGGAGUGGAACCGCUGACACUUCGACAGCAGUCGAAUAUUACAUUCCAAAGAAACGCUCUUCGGACGGAGAUCCGCUCAGGAAUUUGCUUGGAGCUCUCGAAGCAUGCACAGAUGACUUAUGCCUUGCGGUGAUAUGCAAACUUAUUCAUGAUUCAAUCAGUGUUGGUUCUAUCAAAUGUCGACAGAAGAGACAUCGGAAACUAAUAAAAGCAGAUGCAACGUCUGUUCUCUUGCGUACCUUACGUUUUCGUCUAAAAGACGUUAUUUCUCAAAAAGACUGCGCAAGAACAGACGGUAGUUCUGCGACUCAAAAUUCUGAUGACACUGUUGCUGCGCUUGUACUUGCAGUUGGAGCUAAAGACUGCCGACUAUCUCUAAAAAUUCGCGUUGGUGGAGUGCUACAGAUGCUUUGUUCAUUGAUGGUUAGCGAAUGUGAAGAUCCUCUUAGUUUAACUAUGGCCAGGCUUUUAUGUCGGUCGCUGCGAUCACCAAGAAAUGCACAAUUGGCUGGACGUCACCGCGGAUUUACUGCAAGUCUUCUAGUUCGAAUCUCGUCGUUAAAAGCGAAGGACAGUGCGCAAUGUUUACUCCUUGCGCGCUAUCUUGAAGUUCUCUUCUCCAUCACGAAAAAUCGAAAAACUCGAGUUCAUCUUGUCGGAGAGAGCGUCAUCGGCUAUAUCGUCCCUCUUAUUGAACGACAUUUCUGGAGGAGAAAAGUGAACAAUCGUGAUCACGACUGUUCCAUGGCCGAGAUCCAUUCCGAGAUCUGCCUCAUUUCUGUUGCUUUGCUCAGGCUACUCUCUAAUAACAAGCGGGCCAAGGCACAACUAAUAUCUUGUGAGGUGUUGGCGUUGAGCGAAAAAAUCAUGAACGAGCUCGAGAACGAAGAUCUCAUAUUGUCAUCAACUGCCUCUCAUCUGCAGAAUUCACUCUGUGCGCUCUGCCUUCGCUGUCUUCCUCCAGUCUGUUUUCCUAUUGCUGGUAGAUGUUUUCCUUUCAAAUGCACUCUACCAAAUCUGGCUAGCCCCACGAGAAAAAGACGUUCUUCAAAAUCACCUCAAAAACACCGAACAGAUGUUUCCUGUGGUCGAACUGCAGGUCAAUCUGUCGAGAUGUAUGAAGCGGAAAGCAGUGAUGAAGAUGGAGAUUUCGAAGAGGACGAAGUGUUUUCGGAAUUUCGCAGAGACGAUGAAGAAUUUAUUUGCGACGUGGACUACGAAAGUGAUGGUUUGAAAGAGAAUCAUUCUAUCAUAGUGGAUGUUGUUCAUUUUUUACUUGCUCAAGUUCGUAGCAGCUAUAAGAAAAUGUCAGAUGAGAUGGCGUCGCUUGCUUCAAAGAGAAGAAAGAUGGAUAUCCCUCGUACUCAGCUUAAAAUCUCUGAACUCGACCCAUACAAAUGUUGUUUUGUUGAGUAUCAGCAUGGUGCUGUAGCGAAACGUCGUACUGCGUUCGUUUCUCAUCAAACAGUUUUUCAACAGAAUGCGCAGACUACUCGAUCCGUCAUCCCGUUCGUAAAAAUUGCUUUCCCGGAAAUGCAGAACCCUGACGUCGACAUGCCACGGCAAUCGUUGUGUGACAGUAGGACCAGUUUGAGAGAGUUGGUUGUUCACGAAAUAGCUCGUGCUCGAACAAGCAACGAUUUCCGAUAUCGUGUUGUUUUUGAUUUGGAUCGGUUUGCAACUGAGGAAGAAACAAGUCGAACACCUUCAGUCGUUCUCUCCAACGACGACUCUGCUAGAGUUGGCCGUGUUGAUCCGAAUGUUGAUCAUCUUCUUUUUGAGAGUCGUUUCGAAUGUGGAAAUCUGCGUAGAGUCACUCAGGUUGGCCCUACUCAUUACGAGCUAAUUUUAUCUCCUGAUAUCAACCAGAAAAAGGAGCAUUUUCAGUGGUUUUAUUUUGAAGUGUCAAAUAUUGUAAAUAACAUUAAUUACACAUUUGAAAUAAUCAACUGCUUGAAGAGUACUUCUAUGUACAGUAAAGGUAUGCAGCCGGUUAUGUAUUCCGUUCGUGAUGCUCUCGCUGGUCGAGGCGGAUGGGUGCGUGCAGGGGAUUCCAUCUGUUACUAUCGUAACUUAUAUACUCCUAAUGAGAAAGAAGAAGAAGAAAGCAAAUCUAGAAAACGUGGAUUUUACUCGAUUCGGUUCAACAUAACGUUUCAUAACAACGGUGAUAUAUGCUACUUCGCUUAUCAUUUCCCUUACACCUUUUCUUAUUUAAAGACAACCAUAUCGAGAUGUCUGUCAUUAAUACCGUCGAAUUUGUACUACUCAUAUGAUGCCCUAGGGGAAUCCCUCGGAGGAAAUCCUUUGCAUUUACUCACUGUCACCUCACAAGGAUCUUUAGAACAAAUCACUAAGAAGAAUAUAGUGUUUUUGAGUUCACGAGUGCAUCCAGGAGAAAGCAAUUCUAGCUGGAUGAUGCAUGGUAUUCUUGAAUCACUAUUAACGUCAGUCGAUCCUCGAAUUGAAGAACUGCGAUCUAGAUUUGUUCUGAAGAUCGUUCCCAUUUUGAAUCCAGACGGAGUAAUUAAUGGCAGCCAUAGAUGUUCUCUUUCUGGAGUCGAUUUGAAUAGAGUUUGGGACAAACCUAGCCGGAUGUUGCAUCCAGAAAUAUAUCAUUCAAAGGCGAUAAUUCAGUACAUGUGCGAUAUUCUAAAGCGUCCACCAUUCGUCUUUGUUGAUUUGCAUGGUCAUUCUCGCAAGGCCAACGUUUUCAUGUUCGGCAAUAACCCCGAAGAAUCAUGGCGUGACGAAGACAAGACCAUGCAUCAUGACUACGAGUUUAUGACAUUGCCAGAGGUUAUGGAGCAGAGAUCACCCGCAUUCUCGUUCAACCUUUGUCAGUUCGGAAUUACAAAAGGAAAAGAAUCCUCAGCCAGAGUAACCGUAUGGAGACAGUUUGGAGUAAACAAAGCUUACACAAUGGAAUCAACAUAUUCAGGGUUCGAAACUGGUGCAUACAAAGGAUUUCAGAUCGGUACAAAGGAUCUUAAAGAGAUAGGGCGUGAACUGUUGUUCGGGAUUCUCGAUUUAUGGAAAUUAUCUCAUCAGUCUCGGAAACAAAUCAAGGUUGCAACAAGAAGGAAGGCAAGCAAAGAAGCAACAAAUUGCAAAAAUUAG